AGAUGGCCUUCAGUUGGUAAUUGUUGAAGCUGGGUUAUACAUUCGCAUAGGUUUAUAAUAUUAUUCCCCCUACAUUUUUAUCCAUUUGAAAUUAUCCUUAAUAAAAAGUACUUUAAAAAAGCAAAACAAAUUACUUUAUCAAAAAUCAGGGUAAAUGUACAAUAAGGUAAAUUUGAAAAGGUAACCACAAGAAAGGAAAAAAACACUUGUACAUUAUUUAUCAGUUUUGGUGUCCUUUGUGUGUGAUAAAAUGCAUUGAUGGAAAAGAAAACGUUCAUCUCAUAUCUUUUUAUUUUAUGUCCUUUCCUGUCCCCUUGUUUGACCUUCUAGGCUACCAUCAGAAAAGCUAAGUUUGCUGAAUAGUGAGGAUCAGAAGAUCUGAUCCUGAUUGCAGAACAUCCCUAAUUACAGAGUCUUGGGUUGUGUCUCCCACCUCAUCUCUCCAGACAUCCCAGAAGAUCUGUAAGAUUCCAUCUGGGAAAACACUAGGAGUUUUUGGAAGGGAAAGAAGGAAGAGGAUUACUGGUUGGAAUAAAAACAGGGUUGAAUGAGUUCCAGAAAGCAGGGUUCUCAAACUCGUGGACAACAAUCUGCAGACGAAGACAACUUCAAAAAACCAACUAGAAGCAACAUGCAGAGAAGUAAGAUGAGAGGGGCCUCCUCAGGAAAGAAGACAGCUGGUCCCCAGCAGAAGAAUCUGGAAGCAGCACUACCAGGCAGAUGGGGGGGUCGCUCUGCAGAGAACCCCCCUUCAGGGUCCGUGAGGAAGACAAGAAAGAACAAACAGAAGACCCCUGGGAACGGAGAUGGUGGCAGCACCAGCGAAGCACCUCAGCCACCUCGGAAGAAAAGGGCCCGGGCAGACCCCACUGUUGAAAGUGAGGAGGCAUUUAAGAAUAGAAUGGAAGUUAAAGUGAAGAUUCCAGAAGAAUUAAAACCGUGGCUUGUUGAGGACUGGGACUUAGUUACCAGGCAGAAGCAGCUGUUUCAACUUCCUGCUAAGAAAAAUGUAGAUGCCAUUCUGGAAGAGUAUGCUAAUUGCAAGAAAUCGCAGGGAAAUGUUGAUAAUAAGGAGUAUGCAGUUAAUGAAGUUGUGGCAGGAAUAAAAGAGUAUUUCAAUGUGAUGUUGGGCACUCAGCUGCUCUACAAAUUUGAGAGGCCCCAGUAUGCCGAAAUCCUCUUGGCUCACCCUGAUGCACCGAUGUCCCAGGUUUAUGGGGCGCCACACCUACUGAGAUUAUUUGUAAGAAUUGGAGCGAUGUUGGCAUACACGCCCCUUGAUGAGAAGAGCCUUGCAUUAUUGUUGGGCUAUUUGCAUGAUUUCCUAAAAUAUCUGGCAAAGAAUGCUGCGUCUCUCUUUACUGCCAGUGAUUAUAAAGUGGCUUCUGCUGAGUACCACCGCAAAGCCCUGUGAGGGUCUACUGACCACUCACUGUUAUGUCUGGUAUCUGUAAACACUCUUUUUGUUCUUAGUCUUUUUCUUGUAUAAUUGAUGUUCUUUAAAAUUGUUAAUGUAUAACAGGGCUUAUGUUUCAGUUUGUUUUCUGUUUUGUUCUAAACAGAAAAUAAAAGGAGUGCAAGCUCCUUUUCUCAUUUCAAAGUUGCUACCAGUGUACGCAGUAAUUAGACAAAGAAGAAACAUUCAGUAGAACAUUUUAUUGCCUAGUUGACAACA